UUUUCAUUCCCUUUUUCUCUUCUUCUCUCCCCCAAACCCCAUCGUUCUCCCUCUCUCGCUGCUCUGAUCUUGAAGAAGAAGAAGAGCAGAUCUUGGGAAAAUGCAGCAGCAGCAGAGGCUAAAACAGCAGGCCUUGAUGCAGCAAGCUCUCCUCCAGCAGCAGCAGCAGCAGCAAUCCCUCUACCAUCCCGGCCUCUUGGCUCCUCCUCAGAUAGAGCCAAUCCCAAGCGGAAAUCUGCCUCCUGGGUUUGAUUCGAGUACAUGCCGCAGUGUGUAUGUGGGUAACAUCCAUGUGCAAGUAACUGAAGCACUUCUUCAGGAGGUCUUCCAGAGUACUGGCCCCCUUGAAGGAUGCAAGCUCAUUAGGAAAGAGAAGUCGUCCUUUGGCUUUGUUGACUACUAUGAUCGCAGAUCAGCUGCGCUAGCUAUUUUGACUCUUAAUGGGAGGCAUCUGUUUGGCCAGCCUAUUAAAGUUAAUUGGGCAUACGCAAGUGGCCAGAGAGAGGACACAUCAGGUCAUUUCAAUAUUUUUGUUGGCGAUCUUAGCCCUGAGGUUACAGAUGCAACCUUGUUUGCAUGCUUCUCUGUAUAUCCCAGUUGUUCAGAUGCAAGAGUUAUGUGGGAUCAGAAAACUGGGCGUUCGAGGGGUUUUGGAUUCGUUUCUUUCCGUAGUCAACAGGAUGCCCAGAGCGCUAUCAAUGACUUAACUGGGAAGUGGCUUGGUAGUAGGCAAAUCCGUUGCAACUGGGCAACAAAAGGUGCUGGUCCCAAUGACGAAAAACAAGGCUCAGAUACCAAAAGUGUCGUGGAACUAACAAAUGGAACAUCAGAGGAUGGUCAAGAGACGACAAACGAUGAUGCUCCAGAGAAUAACCCACAAUAUACCACUGUUUAUGUGGGCAACCUUGCUCCUGAGGUUACCCAGCUGGAUCUCCAUCGUCAAUUCCAUUCACUUGGUGCUGGAGUAAUUGAGGAAGUUCGUGUACAGCGAGACAAAGGCUUUGGUUUUGUAAGAUACAGUACCCAUGCAGAAGCAGCUCUUGCCAUUCAGAUGGGCAAUGCCCGAAUUCUUUGUGGAAAACCAAUUAAAUGCUCUUGGGGUAGCAAGCCCACCCCGCCAGGAACCAGCUCAACCCCCCUUCCCCCACCGACCGCCGCCCCUUUCCCUGGACUCUCUGCAAACGAUCUCUUAGCCUACGAGCGCCAGCUUGCUCUGACCAAGAUGGGUUCGGGCCAGGCAGCUCUGAUGCAUGCCCAAGGCCAGCAUGCUCUCAAGCAGGCAGCGAUGGGAAUGGGCGCUGGAGCGAGCCAGGCGAUCUACGACGGCGGGUUCCAGAACGUCGCUGCGGCCCAGCAGCUCAUGUAUUACCAGUAAUGAGAUAAGUUUGAUUACUAUUCUCAUGGUUCCAUAAAAAAAGACAGUCAACAUCACCUACCCUUAAAUAGCCUCGAAAUGUCUUUCUUUUUCUAUGUUCUAUGAGUUUGUAUCACCUGCUUGCUGUGCUUGCCAUAAUUUGCUACGGUUGUACGGAUAUAUCAUAUAUGCUUUUGGUAUGAAGCAUUUGUAGGAAUGAGAGAUUGUAGGACAAUUUGGCUAUUUUAGUUUUGUUGAGUUUUUUUUUUUUUUUUCUUGAUCCAAUACUUGGAUAAUUUAGUAUUCAACAUGAAAAUCUAAAUCCAUUUUAUUUGGGCUGGUUUGGA